AUGCCCGGGUCAAAGCUGAAUCUACUAUUCUUGCUAGUAAAUGCCGUCUCAGCCGUGCACCACCAGUUGACCGUGCAUAAUGGGUCGGAGGUGGAGCUGCGAUGUCCACCGGCCGAGGCUUUUAUCCGGACGAACAUGGCCCCGGAUUUUGAAUCACCGCAGUUGGUCCGUUCGCUCGAAUGGCAGAAAGAUGGGACGACGGUGGCUAGAUUCAAGAGUCGAAACGGCUGGGCGGGCGACGUCUGGAACGAGAAUCGCUUCGAACUGGUCAAGCCGUUCUACGCGUUACGGCUCUCUCCGGUCCGCACCGACGACACCGGCGUGUUCAGUUGCCACUUUGAGACGGAUCCGCUCUUUCCGGCGGCCGAGAUCAACGCCAGGACGCAACUCAGUGUUAUAGUCCGCCCGGUCCCGCCGUCAGCACCCGGAAUCAAGGCCUCAUCCCCGUCAUCAGCCACCCUAUCCUGGACCCACGCCACCGCCCAUGCCCAUCGGCCGAUACUACGGUAUUCGGUGGUUGUUAGGUCCGUAGCUGACGGCGCGCGCUUCGUCAUCGCGGCCCCUUCAAACGCCACGACAGUCAUCGUCGAAAAUCUCUCCCGGAUACCGGCUUUGAGGUCGUUUACAUUCUACGUUGCUUCUUUUUCAGAGUACGCCUUCUCGGUGCGCGGCGAGAACGCGGCGGGCAGCGGCGAGUUCGGCCCCGAAACGUCUUUCACGACUCAGGGAAUACCUCCAUCACAACCGCCGAGUGCCCGCGUCGGCAACGCGACCGCCCGAUGCUUGCGACUUUCCAUUGAUGGUCCACUGCCCGCUACGACGCAGCACCUUCGCCUGACGCUCGGCUUUCACAACGGAACUAUCGCCCGGGAUAUGCGACUCGAAAAAUCGGUCCGGCAACACGAAAUCUGCCAACUGAGCCCGUACACCCGCUACAACUUGUCGCUGACGUCCGUCUCCCCUCACGGAUCUUCCCCACCCUACUGGGCCGAUUUUCGCACGGAUGAAGACGUACCAUCCGGCCCACCGCGAGACGUCCGAGUUGAGGGCGUUUUUGGGCGACCGUCGCUGACCGUCUCCUGGUCCCCACCCGCCAACCCGAACGGCCAGCUGACGACGUACCACAUCUACCAACGGCCGGCUGGGACGGAUGCGUGGAAGACGGACCUGCUAAAAAUCAAGGGCCGUGAGGACAAGCAGCGCUACCGCAUCGAGAUCAAAGGGUUGCAGCCAACAACAAGGUAUACGAUACGCGUCAGUGCCUCCACGGCCAGAGGCGAGAGUGAGAAAAGUGCAGAGAAGGGCGCCACUACUGAUGUAUCGGCGCCUGCCGCCCCCAAAAUCGAGACGAUCGUUUGGGAAUGCCGAGACAUGGCCGUGUUCUCGUGGGCUGACGGCCCCAGGAAUUCGAUUUACACCGUCGAGGUUGAUGCCGAAGGAAAAGCCUUCACCUUUAACACGACUCAUACAAAGAUCGAUAUUCCGCGCCUGAAGAAAGUUCAGGAAUACUCGGUUCGGCUGCGCGUAUUGGUGCGUAGCGUCGUGACACCAUCGCAAUACGUCGAAGGCGAAUGGGGACAGCAUGAGCGUUUUUCAUUACAAGACGAUUGUUCAAUUCACUCUACCCUGUGCCCUUCGACAGGACGAUUUCGGUGCUUGCCUUUGACACAGAUGACCCCAAUACCAUCUCAACCAAUCCAACCGGUGCUCGCCUUUUCUGCCGUCUUCGUCUUCCUCGUCGUCCUGCUGCUCAUCGUUUUUCUCUUCAAAAAUUUCCAUCGUUGCAUCGGCGCCGAUCGCUUCCACAAGAAACGCGAAAAGAGCGUCUACAUAGAAGAGCUGAGCCCGCUAGUCUACGAUUCAAUCGGCUGUGAAGAGAUCCCCGUCGAGAUCUUCUACGGCUACUGCGAGGAUUUGGGGCGGGACGACGGGGCAAAAUAUCGUGCUCAAUUUGAGCAAGUCGAGCGGAAUAGUGCGGAAUAUUGCGCGAGUGGCGACUCGUUGCUGAAGAACAGCGAGAAGAAUCGUUACAACAAUAUUGGCGCUAUCGACAGUUCAAGGGUUCGAUUGACAGGCGGGAAUACAAAUGGUGACUACAUCAACGCAAACUAUGUGGAUAGCUGCGAGAAACGAAAUGUCUACAUUGCCACCCAAGCGCCGCUCCCAUCUACGUAUGGCGAUUUUUAUGCCAUGCUAUGGCAAGAGCGCACCAAUGUUGUGCUGAUGAUUGCAAAUUUGGAGGAAAACGGAUUGAAAAAAUGCGACCAAUACUGGCCCGCGGCUUGUCACACCACCGAAACCUACGGCAGCUUUCAGGUGACGCUGAUCUCGCAAACAACUUGUGCUCACUUCAUCCAACGAACACUUUCCGUUAAGAUCUCCAAAUGUGUACCCCAGACCGAACGCCGCAUCCACCAGCUGCAAUUCCUUGGAUGGCCCGAUCAUGGGGCCCCAUCAUCGCCAUUUCCGCUGCUUUCCUACCUACACGCCGCCGCACAUCUUCAUGCCACCGGGCCAAUUGUUGUGCAUUGCAGUGCUGGCGUCGGACGCUCCGGCUCGUUUCUCCUCAUCGACUCGAUGCGUCGGCGGCUGCUCGGCAGCCGCUCUCUGAAUCUGAUGGGCCAUUUGAUGCACAUCCGCAAGCAGCGCGAGCAACUCGUACAGACUUUGGAGCAGUACAUCUUCUGCCAUGAAGCCGUGCGCCAGUUAAUACGCCACGGGAUCACCCGGAUACAGUCUUCGUUGUUUACGAAAUAUGUGCGUUAUCUUGCGGAGGGCACGGUGAAUGGUCGAUCUCGGAUGAUGAUGCAGUACGAGGAUCUCUGCAAAUGCCCUCACACGCCGGACUGCCAGCCGGAAAAACAGUAUCUAAUCUUGCCGGGCUUCCAUCGUCUGGACGAGUUCCUGGUCGGCGGCUGGCAGCAAGAGGGCCCAGAAUUGUGGCGGGCCGUUUGGGAAAACUCAGUGCACACGGUCUUGUUGCUAGGUGACAAUUCCGAGUUCUGGGGCCAAUCCAGCGAAGUAGGCGAGCUUUGCCUGACGCGCGAUGGGGAGACGGUCGUCAUUUCUGACGGGGAGCAGCAGCUUCGCGUUCGCCUGCUCUGCACCGCCAAAUCUGAAUUUGACGCCGACACGUGGGGCAGAAUUGAGAGCGUCCAAACGGAGCGGUCAGAGGAGCACGACCGACCGCUGAUGAUCAUCUCGCCGGAUGGGGACGAUCCAGCGCCGGAAGUCAACGCUCUUGCGGACGUGCGUGCUUUUCAAUUCUGUGCCCUGACGGCGUUAGCGUGUCAAUUCGAGCAGCAGGGAUGCUUGGAUGUUGUUCAACUAUUGUCAGCAUAUACAGAAAUUCAAUGUGGGCUGUGGCGGACGCCGCGCGAGAUCGAGUUCAUCUACGAGCGUGCGCUGCAGCUGAUCAUGAUGGCGAACGCA